AUGUCUGACUCGCGCUCAGGGCCAGUCUCGCUUGCACGAUAUCGACCUAUCCUCUAUCUCUUUACUGGUAUUGCUGCUGCUUAUGCGAUUAUCUACGUACACAAUAAUGUUCUUUCGCAGCCAUCAUCAACUUCACUUCGACGUCGAAAUGCUGUGCGCCGCACGAGACCAACCGAAGCUGAAGAACCUGAGAUUACUGAUACUCCGUCCUAUCGAGCCAUCACCCACCUUGAACAACUAGAGCGUCAGAACGGGGUAUAUGGGACAUUUCGCAUUGAGACGGAGGACGGGCGUCGCGUGGAGAGCGGUCUUCUUCCCUCCCUCCUCGCAACACGCGACCAGCUGAUGGAAGAGGUUGGGGUCCCGCCUGCCCAUGCAGAGCGCAUGCGUGAGAUGAUGGAAGAUACGUUUCUGGAAUCCUUCCUUGCCCUCGAUUUCCCAUCUGCGCACAUCCUUCCCGAAAACACCCGAGAACGAACAUACUUGACAGAGCAACUUCAACACCGAGGUAUCUCCCGAGCUGGUAUCGAAAGGGCUCUCAUCCGGUUCAACGGAGAUGCGAAUUACGGGGAGGAGUUGCGUCGGCGACGACAGAAUGGUGAACGUGUCACUCUCUCAACCUCUACCUUCCCAGAUGUGUCUGCGCCCCCACAAAAUCUUGACGGAGGUGAGACGGUGGUGGAUGACCAAAGUGUCUUCUCAUGGCGUGACGGAAACAAUGAUCCUUCUAAUAGGGAAGGCCAAAACCUGCUCAAUCUACUCUACCACAUUGCUGAAGAUCAGGCGCGGAGAGACGGCUAUAUCCACCGCGGAGUUACUUGCAACAGCUGCGGUGCCAUGCCGAUUCAGGGUAUCAGAUACCGAUGUGCCAAUUGCAUUGACUACGAUUUGUGUGAGACGUGCGAGGCAAUGCAGGUCCACAUCAAGACACAUUUGUUUUACAAAGUGCGGAUUCCAGCCCCAUUCCUAGGAAGCCCUCGUCAAUCUCAGCCUGUGUGGUAUCCUGGAAAGCCUUCAAUGCUCCCACGCAGUCUCCCCCGCCCUCUUGCGAAACGUCUGAUGAAAGACUGCAAUUUCGAAAACACUGAGCUUGAUGCACUUUGGGAUCAGUUCCGCUGUUUGGCCAAUUAUGAGUGGGCGGACGACCCGAACAAGUUGCAUAUGGCGAUCGAUCGCAAAACCUUCGACCGAUGCUUUGUGCCUAAUACUUCUAUCCGGCCACCGCCUCCGAGUCUCAUUUACGACCGAAUGUUCGCAUUUUAUGACACCAAUGGCGACAAUCUUAUCGGAUUUGAAGAAUUUCUUCAAGGCUUGGCCAGUCUCAACAAUAAUAGCAAUGAUGAACGGCUGCGACGUGUAUUCCGGGGCUACGACAUUGAUGGGGAUGGCUUCGUCGAACGCAAGGACUUCCUUCGAGUUUUCAGGGCAUACUAUGCGCUGAGCCGGGAGCUUACAAGGGACAUGGUUGCUGGCAUGGAAGAUGACUUCUUAGAGGGUGGAGCCCGUGACGUGGUUCUCGGUAGCCAGCCUAUCAGCUCUGCAUUCCCUGGCAGCAUCCCUUCAGGUGAACGUUCUCGUACAGGCGAAGGCAAGCGCAUGAAUCCUGAGGGAGACAUGGAAAUCGUCGACAAUGAAGGAAUCUUGCGACAGGACGGAGACGAUACUGGUGAUCGACAUUUGGUCGUGGGUGAUGCUGCCGUCAGAUCACAGUUCAGUCGGAUGAGACCAUUAUUUCCAUCCACACUACGAUUAGCACCCACCGAGACUGCUCCUCGCCCGUCGGAUGCCAUAGAGGGUCGCCCAAAUGACAAUGAUGAAGAAGGCGAAGAUGGUGCUAGCGAGACUAGUGGGUCAGACCAAUCUAGUUCGUCCGUGGCCAGUGGCACUUGGCCAGCUGAACACAUCCUCGAAGAAGAUAUCAUCGAAGCACUUGGGUCCUAUAUUCCCGCUCGAGAAAUCACGGAUCCAAUUGAUCGGGCUCGUGUCGCGGAUGCUGUUGGUCACAGAAUGCGCGAAGAUGACCAGAGACGUGUGUUUGACGCUCGUCAACGUGGAAUCGACGAGCGUUGGAGGCGUCGGGCUUUCUAUACAGACGAAGAAGAUGGCGCCACUGUCCCUGAGGGAUAUGAACGGGAUCCAGCUAUCGAUGACUCCAGCGAUGAAGACCCAGAUGAAUCCGAAUCGCGCCCACCCUCUUUCCGUUCGCGGUCCUCGUCCAAGGUGCGAUUUCAGGAUGAUCUCAAUGACGCAGAGUACGACAUUCGAUCUAACCAAUCAACCUCGUCGCGGAGUUUCCCUGUUGGCGAGCGAUGGGGUGGCUUUGAAAUCCCAGAGAUUGAGAAAGACGUCGGGAAAGAAAUCUUGUAUCAAGUCACACAACAGGGAUUUAACGAGCUUCUAGAUAUUCUGUUCAAGCCAAAAGAGGACCUCUUGAUGGAGGUCCAUCGUACGCGAGCUGAACGCAAGGUCUGGGCUCGGGAGAUUGAACUCGCAGGAAAAGAGGACCCCUCAAAACGCACUGCAACUGAGAUCAUUCCAGCUGAGGAGGAACUCGAGGAGACUAUCAAUGACCGACCACUUGAUGAUCUAUUACAGCGCGCUGGUUACGGAAUUCAGAGCCCAGUCCUGGCGUCUGUCAGUACCGGACCAGCAUUAGCUCCGUCGUUGCUGGGCCCCACCGCCUCAGAUGGUGAUGGCGAUGAAGAUGAAUACGAGGAUGAUGACGACGUGCGACCAACUCAUCUCGCCAAUCCCGGAGAAGAAACUGGAUUUGGGAGAGCGCGGCCCUUUGACGAAUCCGACACAUCGUCUGCCACUUCGUCUGAUUACGACCAUGAGGUCGCUACCUCUCAAGCACAUGGUGCGGAGCCAUCCAGUCCGAUUGUUGAAAAUGAAACCCUUUACUACGACAUAACCCUUCCACAGCAUCGUCCUGACGAUCCAUCCAUGGUGGCCCCAGAAGUGAUCGAUGACAUAGACUUCGACCCCGAAGAAUCACCCACUACAAGCACAACCCCUGAUCUCCCUCCUCAGUUCCGACUCCAGCCCGGAACCACCUCCCUCCCCGCCCCAUUUUCUCCCCACUCCUCUCCAGAAGCCGAAGCCACAGCCCCCAAGCUUCCUCCCUCUCCUAUGCAACCACUUCCACCCCCUCACCGCGUUUAUGACCAGCCUCAUGAAGCUCCUGCCCCACGCCGACCUUCACCCCGGACUCUAGCCCGGUGGGUCUAUUUGGACCAGGUCGAACGUGAGAACAAGGAGCGUGGCAACGGUGCGAGACUCAACUUUGAAGAAUUCUCACGUCGUAUGGCUGCUGAUCGGGGGCGCCGACUGGCAUUUGUGGCCAGUUGGAUUGAGAUGGCUAGCUUUUGA